AUGAACGACUUCAUCCUCAACAUGGAGCAUCUAGGAGACCAAUUUUACAGCAAAUUUGGGAUACCCGGUGUUAUCGGCUCUAUAGAUGGCACUGACAUUGCCAUUGUACACCCAAAAGACCAUGAGGAAAGGUUUUUUUGUCGUAAAAAUGAUCACUCGUUGAAUGUACAACCAAUAUGUAAUGCAGACAUGCAAAUAAUUAGCAUUGGCGCGAGACACGGAGGAGCUACUCAUGAUUCGUUUAUUUGGUCCCAUCGUUCCCUAUGUGCUUACCUAAAUAACCUCAGCAGUAAUGAAGGUCUAAGGCUUCUAGAAGGUUCAGAAGAAGCAUUUCAUACAGAUCGGCACGUGAAGACCCGGAAUGUGAUCGAGAGAACGAUUGGUCUUCUGAAGGCCCGUUUCCGUUGCCUACUCGUACACAGGACACUUAAUUAUGAGCCACAAGUUGCAGGUUUAAUUACAAACGCAUGUGCAAUAUUGCAUAACAUUUGUAAUGAAGCCAAUGUUCCUGCUGAAGAACUGCCACGAGAGUAA